AUGGGGGACCCCGCCGUGAGCCGGUCGACCGCCGCCGGGAGGUCCCCGUCGACGCCAGACGACCACCCCCACAUCCCCCCCCCUGAAACGGGGCAGAGCCCUCCCCCACCACCUCGCACACCCUUACGGCCGCACCACCGGACCCCGUCCUCUCCCCUCAACCACCGGGGCCCCUACCCGCGCCCGCGUCCCAGGCACCCUUCUCCCCCCACCACCAAGACGGGAAGCGUGGCGCCAAGUGGGCAGGGGACACGACAGAGGAGAGAGGGCGAGAGAACCGGACAAUACAGCCGCGGUAGGCGUGGGGAGUGGGGGUUGGGAGCAAGCCGCGAGGCUCGGAGGGCAUGGGGAGGCGCCUGGCGACGAGCAGCGGGCGACCGACGACCAGCCGAGGCACCAGGUCCUCGGUCCAGGCACUCGGUCCAGGGCCAGCGGCGGGAGGCGACCGGCAGGCACGCGGACCCGCAGCGGGGAGCCGCCACCCGUCAGGCCGCACAGCCCGCGAGACGCGACCGGAGGAUCCGCACCGUGCGGUCCGCGGCCGGGGGGAAGGCAGUCGUGGCCGGCGCCACGGGCAAAGGGAACGUGGCGGGGAGGUCGGGGAAAGAGGGACACCGGAGAAGACGCCACCCGGAGCGGGGCAAGGGUGGCGGGACGCCCGGCCGAGGAUGGAGGGGCGGGCGGGAAGGCGGAGGAGAGCCGCCACUCUGCACGCCGCCCCCCACCUUCUCGCGCGGCCCCUCUUCCCCUACCUCCGGAAAGGCCACCGGACCCGACCGCCCGCCCGGGGCGCGCCGCCUUCCAGACGUCUUUCCCUCCCUUACCUUCCCAUCCGGCGCCGCCGGGGUGGAGGAGAGGCUCAGGAGACGGGCAGGGCGAGGCGAGACCACCGCGCCUCUCUCGGAACCGACCACGUUAAUGAUCCUUCCGCAGGUUCAACUAUGGAAAACUUGUCAGCUGAUCUGUCUAUAA